GGCACGAGCACACACACCCGCGCUCGAAUCUCAACUUUGAGUUGGGAUAUGCGGAAGUGUCGAAUGAUUUCGUUCGGUUUACAUUCAGUUCUAAUUUCUCAUGUUAGUUAGAGCUGGACUCUGGCUAUGUGAGGACAAGAGAAGAGACACUGACGCUGAUCUCCCGGAAUCAAAGCGAACUAACCAUGAUGUACUUCAAAGACGAUGAGGAGGGCGUUCCUCUGCAGGAGGUGGACAAUGGAAAUGAGCCUUUGCUUCCAACACAACAUAACACCUAUGUUCCUCGAUUAUAUGACUAUGUCCUGGUGGCUAAUAAAGUGGAGGACAUGGAGGAUCAACUCUUCAAGAAGCAGGAUGCCUUUAUCCUGGAACUGAAGCGGAAGAACAUUAGAGUGACUAGAGUUGAAAAUGACGGAAAGUUGUUUUUCGGUGUCCGCGCACCUGAGGAGAUUUUUACAAAGUACAAGUACCUGCUGAAGGUGUCCGAUGGCUGUAACUGGAGUGCAGAGGAAAGCCGUGAAUCAUCUGUCUCCUUCUGCACCCGAAUCAGGAUUGUUCACUUUGUCUUAAACAAUACGUUCAUAGGAUCAGGAGAGGGUCUUCAAGAUCUGCUGCGUCAAGGUGCUUUCGAGACCAUGUUCUGUCUGCAUGAGAAAAAAGAGCAGAAAAAGCUAAAGAAGAAGUGGGCAAGCUGGUAUUCAGUUUUGAGGCUUUUUCAACAGCCUGUUACUGAUGUAAAGGACUAUUUUGGGGAGAAAGUGGCACUGUAUUACCUGUGGCUCGGCUGGUACACUCGAAUGCUCGUCCCGGCCGCUGUAAUUGGUAUAGUUGUGUUCUUGUACGGUCUUGCCUUCUUCAACACCAGCCCGCUCAUUCAUGAAGUAUGUGACUCUGACAUCAUCAUGUGUCCAAGAUGUGACAUAAAAUGCAAGGCGUGGAACCUGUCUGACACAUGUAUAUAUGCCAAGGUGAGCCAACUAUUUGACAAUGAAGGCACCGUGGCUUUUGCGAUGUUCAUGGCAAUUUGGGCAACCCUGUUUUUUGAGGUGUGGAAGAGACAUCGAUCUCUGUAUGUGUCAAAGUGGAAUGUGUUUGACUGGUGCGAUGAUGAGGAAGAAUUGAUUUUGGAGAUUGUCAAUGACCCUCAGUGUAAGCCAAAAGAGUACAGACAUUCUUACCUGCGCAGCACCUUGGUGCUUCUUUUGGUCACGUUAGUGCUGGUGGUGAUCAUCGGUCUGACCCAAGCUCUGGUGAUCUUCCGUGUUUUAACUUCAAUAUUGCUUUCAAAAAGCCAGUGGCACCUUCUUCGUGAACAUGCCACCACAAUAGCCAUGUUAUUCGGCGCAGUGCUGCACUACAUUACCAUUCAGGUUAUGACUCGGGUCAACAAAUUCGUGGCUUUAAAACUGUGUGAGAUUGAGGAGACACGCUCUUUUGCAGCCACCGAGAGGAGCUUCACAGUGAAGAUGUUCUCAUUUCAGUUCUUCACUCUCUUCUCCUCACUGUUUUAUGUGGCGUUCUUUCUGGGAAGGAUCAAUGGCUAUCCUGGAAACUAUGUUCGAAUUGCAGGCGAAUGGAGACUAGAAGAGUGUCAUCCAAGCGGAUGCCUUACAGAUCUCUUCAUCCAGAUGGCUGUUAUUCUAGUGCUCAAACAAACUAUAAACAACAUAUUUGAGUUCACAGUGCCCUGGUUAAAGAUGCUUUUUAAGCGCUCAAAAACUAAGAAAAAAAGCAGGAAGUGCGGUAACUGUUACCGAAAGGCAUGUCGAGAAAAGGAUGGAAACAUUGAGCAAUGUGACCUCUGCAAGCUUCGUGAUUGGAUGACAAACUACGACCUGAGUGAUGUCAAUGCUUUCUCCUUGUUUAAUGAGUUUUUGGAAAUGGUUCUUCAGUUUAGUUUCACCACCAUCUUUGUGGCCGCGUUCCCUCUGGCUCCUUUAUUGGCUCUUAUUAAUAACAUAUUUGAGAUCAGACUGGAUGCCAUCAAGAUGGUCAGCCUGGAGCGUCGCCUUGUGCCCAAAAAAACAAAUGACAUCGGUGUCUGGAAUAAAAUAUUAGAGGUUGUCGGGGUGAUGGCUGUCAUUGCUAAUGGGCUAGUGAUAGGGAUUUCCUCUGACUUCAUACCCCGUCUGGCAUAUCGUUACCGUUAUGGACCUUGUGCUGUCAACAAUAACAGUGGCCUGGACUGUAUGACGGGUUAUAUCAACAACACUCUGGCAACAGCAUUCAUGUCCAAUAUGAAUGUGAAAAAGGACUUUCAGGAAUUGAUCACAGAGGGUGGACAUAAUGUUACACAAUGCAGUUACAAAGACUACCGCAGUAAUGAAGACCAGAGUCUCACCUCGCAGUUUUGGUUCAUUCUGGCACUCCGCUUUGCCUUUGUUAUUCUGUUUGAGCAUGUGGUGGUAAUAUGCAAAUUUAUCGCAGCCUGGUUCAUACCUGACAAUCCUAACAGAGUGAAAAACCACAGGCUAGAUGACAAACUAAGAAGACUGAAAAAGGAACUCAUGGAAGCGAGUACAUUAUACGACACCACAUCCACUGUGGUGUGAACAAUGAAGGUACAACCAGAGAUUUAAUAACUUUGAUUUGACGACUUUCUGACUUCCGUGUUCAGCAAGAGACACUUGACACAAGGAAGAUUUGUGUGUUUACCUGAGAUCAUGAUCUCAUCUGCAUCAGUGUGUGGGACUUUCCCUUCACUUCACUGCCUUCAGAGACAGCUGGGACAAUCUUACUGGAGCUUUUCUCUCGAUGCAGUUUACAGUUUGACCUCAGGUGCAUGAAUAUUGUUCAGCUUCAGAGGACACACUGUGCACUUUUGGCUGUGAUUUAUGAACUAAUCUAUUUCUGAGGAAUUACAAAAACUGUGAAAAUGCAAAGUCGGACGGCAAAUUUUUUUUAUGCAGUUAGUGUUUUCCUAAGACAAAGAAUUUAUUAUUGUUGUUGCUUAAUGUUUUAAUGAAACAUGUUUGCCAUAUGAUUUAUAUAUUUAAAUAUUUCAUUGUUUACUUUUUCUUAAAGUUGGAGAAGGCUUCCAGCAAUACUUGGCUUUACAGUGAAAAUCAAGUUUGAAUCUAAAGACUUGAAUGUAACAAAGAAAAAACACUUGGGAAGUGAUGCCAGUGUGUGUGUUUCUGCUCUACGAUGGCGUUUUUAAACCACUUUUUCAUCAUAUACAGUUGUAGACCAAAUUAUUAGUCCUCCUGUGAACAUUGCAUUUCUUUUUCUAAUAUUUGCCAAGUAAUGUUUAUCCACACAAGGGCAUUGUUUACAGUGUUACAGUGCUAAUAUUUUUUUAAACUCUUCUUUAGUAAGUCUUAUUUCUUUUAGUUUGGCUGAAAUUAAAGUAGUUUUUAUUUUUGUUUACGGUCAAUAUUAUAAGCCCCCUUGAGAAUAGUUUUUUGGAUUGGUUUCUGAACUACUUUUUGUCCAAUAGCUUGCCUAAUUAAACAAACUCGCCUAGUAUAAUUAACCUAGUUAAGCCUUUACAUUGCACUUUAAGGUGAAUACUAAUAUCUUCCAGAAAUGCUUUGUAACUUGUAUGUACUGUCAUCAUGGCAAAGACGAAAGGAAUUAGUUAUUAGAACUUGCUUAUUAAAACCAUUCUUUCAUUCA